UUCGCUCUUCCGUGACGUCAACCGCAAAGGUCCGUUCGCGGUUGUUAGCCUGGUCAAGAGUUUGCAAGUAAUGGCUUCGAGGCUAUGCCUUUGGUUUUUGCGUGGGUUGCGGUUAAUGGCGUCGAUCUAAUGACAUCUAACGUGCGAUUAAAGAGUACACUGGGAGCUAUUAUAACACUGACUUGCACAUGGAUGUAUUCUGCUCAAGCCUUCUCAACACAACCACACAGUCCAAACCAUAGACUCAAUUUUGCAUUAGAUGCAACGGAAAAUCAUGUUGUAUUACCAGAGCACGAUGCUAUAUUUCGAUGUAGCGAUCAAUUUAUGCUUAACGUCACAACACAGUGGCUAAAAGACGGUGCUUCGAUUGGCACAUAUUAUCAUACUACUACCUCAAAAAAUAAGGAAAGACGAAACUCAAGACACAAAAAGCACAUGAGGCACAGAUCACGGUACAUUAGAAAUGCGGAGGAGCGAUUAUCAAGUUGGCCUCAUGGCUCGUGGAGUGAGACUUCAAUGUACACCUCAACAACAAAACCUCAAAUUGAAUCUCAAUCUAACUCAAUAACAACCCUACCUCUGAUAAAUAAAUCAAUCAGCAGUCAUAAGCUGACUGAUAUAAAUAGUACAUAUACUGUGUUGACAAACGGUUCUCUAUUUAUUCGCAAUAUCAAGUACGAACAUUCGGGAGAAUAUAAAUGCAUAGUACAUGAUCAGCACGGCAAAAUUUUACGAAGAAAAUUCAAAGUUAUAAUAGCAAAACUACCUCAGUGUUCAAUAACACCUUCUUCCCAGUCCGUGAAAGUUGGUGGAGCAGCACGAUUUCAAUGUCUGACAAUAAGUGACUUGAAUGUCACCUAUUCAUGGACAAAGAAUGGGAAAUCGUUGCCACAAGAUCAUCAAAGAUUCAGAUUUCUCUCGUUUGGUGUGUUGCAAAUAUUUGAUGUCUCUCACCAUGACACAGGAUCUUACAGAUGUUAUGCUAAAUCAGUGUUAGGAGAAGUUGGAAGCAAAACUUCAAGAUUAUCUGUUGUGUCAUCAGAAACGACUGAUAAAACGGACGAUGCUCUUGAUUUUAAAUAUCAACCACAAAAUGUAACAGUAUUCCCUCCAAAGAGAAGUGCAAUAUUUGAAUGUUUGGCGGAUCAGCCUAAUGUGACAUACGGAUGGAUAAAGAGAGUUGGAAAGAUUUGUCCAGAUCUAACAAAUUGUCCGAUAAGAGAAGCAAGAAACAACUUGAUAUUAGAUGGGAUUUCAUCUGAAAGCAGUGGAGAAUAUGUCUGCAUUGUUCGAAAACUAUUGUCUCAGUCUCCUGGUGUACCGACAAAAAUAGAAAGUUCUGCUUUUCUCAAAAUUCUAGAAAAACCAGUUGUCAUAAACAAACCAGUUGUUACCCGACCACAGCAGUUGAGAUCAUCUAAAGUUCGACUUGCUUGUCGUAUUGAGGGAAAUCCUCCACCUAACGUUUAUUGGAUGAAAGAUGGAGUUGUUCUUGAAGAAAGUCAAGUUUACAAGAACAACCUAAAAGUUGGAAAGUUGUUUGGAUCUUCCUAUCUUCAUUUAGUAAAUAUACGACAAGAAGCUACAGGGUAUUACCAAUGCAUUGGUGAAAACCAGGUCGGCGCUGUUUCAACUGGCGUUAAAAUUGAUAUUCUCAUAAAGGAAGACAUCCCACCUCCAGAAAACGUUACUGCAACAGCAAUUUCACCAACAGAAAUAUUUGUUGAAUGGAAUCGACCAAAUACAAAUAAGAAUAUCACAGCUUACUCCAUUGAAUUUGAAAAUGAUAACUCCAAAUCCAAAUUGGUGAAAGAAACACACAGCACUCGAUAUCGAACAACUGUGGCAGGUUUACAUCCAUACAGAACAUAUGUUAUAAUUGUGCUUGCUUAUACACGUCGCGAUACUUCACAUCCCAGUCAUGCAGUCAAAGUUCGAACAAUGGAAAGUGUACCAUCAGCUACAGUGGAAAAAAUUCAUCCACAAGUAGUAAACAGUACUACUGUGCUACUAACAUGGCCAUCCAUACCAAGACUAGGACAGUGUGGAAUAAUUACCAAAUACAAGGUGAUUUACACUGGUUACGGAGACGAAGAAGAACAUGUCAUUGAAGUACCAGCUAGACAGCUUCCCAGUGAUGAUGCACCAGUGACAGAAUACGCUCUCAUUCCCAAUUUGAUUCCUGGAGAAAAUUAUGGAAUGUCAGUGACGCCAUCGACAAGGAUUGGUUAUGGAGAAGAAUCCUCAUUUGUUGAAGCUACUUUACCGGAGAAAAUCAUUUCUAAAUGCUCAAAUUCAGAAAAAUCGUCAUUGCUGUAUAUGUACCCCGAAUUUUUAUCGAACGGCAAUAAUUUGAAAGUGUUUUGGAAAUUGAUGGCUAAUACAACUGCAACUGCCGUCAACAUCACAUUGAAACUAGAUAGCAAAAUUUUGUCAGAGCAUCAGCUGACAUCGGCAGCUUCAAAUAUCACAUUUCUUGGUGUUGAUUCCAGAAAAGCAUUUAUAAUCGACAUUAACCUCAUUGAUGAUCUUCAUAUGAUUUGUGAGACAACAUCAUUUGCUGUAUUGCCUCCAGAACAAGAGGAAUUUGUUAAAAAGGAACUACCAACCAAUCUUGUGGGUAAUGCUACUAAACCUGGCUGUAUCAAUAUAACAUGGAAUUACAAUAAAACAGAUGAAGAUGUUGCUUUUUCUGUACGAUACCAAUUGGUAAAACAUAUGUCACACGAACAAAAGUUUUCUUACAAAAACAGCAAUGACACUUCAAUAGAAAUAUGUGGUUUGAAACCUUACUCUGGAUAUGAAUUUGCAGUAGCCGUCUUGAACAAUGCCACUAUGAAAACUAAUGAUAGUUUUUACGCAAAACUUGGAACAAUUUUGAGGACAAUAGAAGAAGCACCCAACUUUCCUACCAAGUUAUCCUGCUAUGCUCUCAGACUUGGUAAAGUUGAUUGCUCUUGGGUCGGACCUUCACAACCAAAUGGAGAAAUCAUUUCAUAUACUUUGUUAUAUGCCGAACUACACACAAAUGAUUGGACAAUUAGGACAUCGAAAUCCUCUAAUAUUCUACUGGAAUGUCUUAAACCUGGCUACGCCUACAAAAUUAAAGUUUUUGCGACUAAUAUUGCUGGAAGAGGUCAAUCUUCUGCUGUGCAUAGCAUCCUGGUUCAAGAUUAUGAUGUCACAAAAACCGGUUGCGUAUUUGAACAGGAUAAUCCUGAAUAUGAAAAUACAGACAAUGACGAAUCACUCAUAAGACCAAUUGGAAUAGGAAUUGGAAUUGGGUUAUUGUGUAUCAUGAUAUGCAUCCUGUUGCUGAAAUUUUUCCUCCCAGUCAAAUGUAGCUUUUGUGCUAAACAUGGCUGUAAAGACCAAGCAUCAAAACUUCAGCAUGUAAAUGGUUCAAGCAAAGCAGAUGAAGUUAUCACAAAGCAAAAUGGACAUAUUGUUAAAAAUGGUGUUCACAAACAUGAGAAUGGACUGCUUGAAGAACAGAGAAGCAAAUUAUUGCCGAACGGUAACAGUAUUUCAUUCAGUCAUGAAAAAAAUGGGAAAUGUAAGAAGAAUGGAUUCAAACAGCAUCCUAAUAAGAAAAAUGGUUUCCACAAACCAACCACGUCUACGAGAAAUUCUUACCCAGAUGAGAUUGACAAAUUGAAGUAUGAAACAAGCUCAACAGUUCAAAAUGGAAGAACUGCUCACAGAUCAAAAAAUGGAUUUAAAACCUUAAAUUUUGGUUCAUUACUUCCUUCGUCUCAGAAUGGUAAAGCAAUGGCCGUUCCACAAAAUAAUGUGAUUCAGGAUUAUUCAUGCAAUCAACCACUUGUUCUAUCCCACCCGAUACCAGAUCAUAAAAGUAAAACAACAUCAACUACCUCAGGAAGUUCAGAGCAUGGCGGUGAUUUGCAAACAUUGUCAAUCUCUAAUUCAGCACCGACUCCAUGCAAAUCACAAACACAAAACAUACCUGGACCUUAAAUGUGAGACAUUUUUGAAUGAUGCAGUAACCAUCUCCUUACGGCUAAAAUAGUUUGAAGCAAAUAUAUAGUGGAAUUCCUAUUAUGUGUUUGAUUCAAAGCAGUACAAAAUGAAAUAUUCAGGAUUACCUCAUCAAUACAGAAUAUUUUAACCGGUAUUACUCUCAAGAUUUAUUGGAUCUCCAACCUAAAGAUGUUGUUUUCUUCUAUCUACCUCAUUUUAAACAGCUUGUUGCUUUUUCUACCUCAUGAACUUUUUGCUACUCGUAAAAGGAAAAGGAUGGUACGACAACUUAAUAGAGUAUGCUUCCCUACUCAAUCAUAUCGUAGAUAACUACGAAAGUAUUAACUUUCCAUCAGUAAAAAGCCUUCAAUCCACAAGUUGUAUUUUACAGCAUUGCUUUCAAUGUGCGUCCUGACUCCUGAGCACAGCAACUACACUUAUUAAAUAUUGUGCUCUCUCUUGUUUGGUAGUACUCCCUCCCCCCCCUGGGAAUUCGCAAUUUUUUUUCUUACUUUUUAUUGUCUUAAAAACCCCUACCUCAUACCUUUUCUUUUAAAUCAAUGUGCCGCUGCACGAACAAUUUCUGUUUUUUCAGUUUUUUUGUGUGCUCUUUGUUAUCUGUCAGUGCUUGUGUUACAUUUUUAAAUUUUCGUAUGUUUCUACCAGUCAUGACAAUGCCAUCAAUUAUCUAUUUUGAUGCGUGUGUAUGUAUAACAGAAUCGAGUUAAAUUUCUGGAUUUUUUGUACUACUUUGUGUCAAUUUACUUUCAUUACUUUUGAGGCUUUAGAACCACAUGCUCGCUCCUCUUUUUAGGUACCGUUAUGUCUAAACUGACCCAACAAUGUUAUCCUAGCUAUUUAUCCUUGAUUUAUUCGAUAAAAAAUUUACGCUGCUUCUACACAUUUGAGUUAGAAUCCUGGCAAUUUUGAAGUGCUGAAUUGUACAAUUCAUUGGCAGCAUGGAUAAUAAUUAUAAUUCUUGAAUCCUAUAUCAUCCAGCCUGGUGCGAACUUUCACUAAUAAACAACCCACUGCUAACUUUUAGAUCAAAUCGCUAUUCAAUUUUCAAAUCUUAGAAUUGUACUUCUUGUACCCACUGCAUAUCUUUGGUGCCAUACCCUCUGAGCUGUCAAAAUUGUUAUUGUCUUAGUGCUAUUUUAAUCUUGACUUUGUAGCGCUGUAGAUUUCUAAAUUUUGGUGCUUUGCCUUUCCAUGUUUCUAAAUGUUCCACUUCGUGAGUUCCUUUUUAAUUAAUAUCUGAAUGUCUACUUUAUUGUUUCAGAAUGUUCCAUGCACAAGUUCUUGUUUGAUAAAUAGCUGUAUUUUUAAUCUUUUCCUCUACCAUAGAUGCAUAAAUGGAUAAUUUAUUCAGCAUCAAAAAAAAUUAUUAAUUUUAAUUUAAAUUUCGAUACAUAAUACAAAGAGACUAAUUUUGGGUGCUUAAGGGUGAAGAUACAAAUUGUGCGUUACUAAAUUAUUUGAUAUUUUCAGUUGAAAAUAUUAACUGUCCACUUUAUCUAGUGUUUUUUAGAAAAUUACUAAAAUUACUCUGUACUUAUUUUUACAUUCAGUACCUUAUACUCAUAGGCGUAGCUAUUAUUUGGUCAAAGAAUUGAGUAAAAUAAUUAAAUGAUCCCAAACUUAUUGAUAUCACCAAUGAAGAGAAAUAAGUUCAUUUUUCAAAUGAGAAUGUUUUUAAGUAAUAAUUUUGAAAAUUAAUUCAAUCAAUUUUGUAAUUGUCCUAUGAGAUGGAUCACACAUGAUUAUCUAUGGUGGUUACUAGCUUUCAUGCUGAAUAUGUUCAGAUCAAGCAGUCUGGCAACAGUCACACAUACUGACACAGGUAUUUUGCUGGUUUCUUUGGUUAUUAUUAUUUUUUAUAUUUAAUCGUGCCCCUGCGGUGUGGUCAUUGCUACCAUAUAGUAUCUCAGGGACCGGUUGUACUUUUGUGCAGCUGUAUUUUGUAUAUUUGUAAAUAGGUGUAUUUGUUUUUUCUCGAACAUAUGAUGAAUCUGCUUCAAAAUUUGUUUUGGGAUAGAUUUGUCUGUGUUUGCAUGUCAUGUUAAAAUCUUUUGAUCACCUAAUCCUUAAGACUUUUUGAUAAUUUUGCUGUAGACAAUAAUUUUAUUGAGCUUUAGAUUUAGAUUUAUUUAGACCGUAGAUAAACCAAGCAGAUAGACAUUACAGACACACGCUUUUAGUUUCAUUCAUUAUCAAUUUUAUUCUUAAAGAGCUGUUAUUAGUUUCCACAUCAGAAUGGGCUUAUUUAAAUAUAUCUCAGUAUUUGCACCCAUAACCUCUGCAAUUUUAUUAAUUUUCAAGUGCAGCAGACACCAGCUAAUAUAUAAAAACGAUAUUGUGCUACCUCUAUACCAACAUGCUAUACUAGAUUUUUAUCAAAACAUAUUUUUAUCAAUGUAACACUUUGCAACCACCUGACUAAGCUAAUUACUU